UCGAUAUCGACUUCCACUAUAUAUUGGCAGCAGGAGGUUGGCCCAGGUUUUCUUAAAUUUUGUGCAAUUAAUAUCUCCAAAAUGGAUCCGGAAAUAAAAGAAAUGAUACGUCCGAAAUUCGAUUCACUGAAUGGUAAAGAUACGACCAUCCGGACCCUUGAGAUCACGUUUUUCUCGUCCAUUGCAGGUGCUGGUGCAAGUGCUCUAUCGUUGGCCAUCAGUCCCAAGGGUUUGGCCGAAUCAGCGCUCAGGACUGCCUCACUCACAGCUACAUGUGCUGCUGUAGGUGCCAUCUUUGCCACGACGACAGGUGCCACUGCGUCAUUCAGAGGAAAGGACACGCCCCUCAAUUAUUUCAUUGGUGGAUGUACAUCAGGCCUCUUCUUAGGAGCUAGGAUGCAAAGUAUGGGAGUCGGUUCCGGUGCAUGUGCAGCCUUCGGAAGCUUAGGGGCCUUCUACAAAUACUGGAAAAUCAACGAGUGGGGACCCUUUAUUCCACCACCAAAAUAUUAAUUAAUUCUUACUGCUAAUCUAAUUAUUUUAACCCAUUGCCUAUUGUUGUCAGGUAAUCCCAGUACAAAGCAUAUGGGAUUACAUAAUUCGGUAGUCAAUGGGUCAAGUUACAUCAGGGUCCGGUUUCAUAAAGACUUGUUAUAAUAACAAAUGCACAAUAUCUAUAACAAAUUUACUAUCAGCCAAUCAGAUUGAUGGAUUUCAGUAGCUUUUAACUGUUAUUACAAAUUUGUUAUUCUAACAAGAUUUAUGAAAUCGGUCUCUGGUUAGAGUGGUGCAUGAUGAAUGAGAGUUUGAGAUUUAAAAAAAAAAUAUGAGAAUCACUUUGUGACCUCCUUUCAAAUACCAUGAAGCUAACAAAUGUCUAGUUGAAGUCGGGAAAGGAAAAUAUAUGAACUUCAUGUUUGAAUGACUUAUUUGCUCCUCGGUAUUUGCCAUUUUCGUUUAACUAGUCAAAUAUUUUUCUCAGCUAGAGAUCAGAUGAAAAUGUUCCAUGGUAAAUGAAUGGGAAAGGUGGCCUUUCUUGUUCUCCAAUACCUCCAUUAAAGCCACUGGCUUCUCAGUUUGAGAAGGAUGUGAAUGGCACAUAUUUUAUCGAAUUGGUCCCUUAAUUUAGCCUCCUCAACAAUUUACCUUCCAUUAUUUUUAGCUAGAGUUCGGAUUAGGAUGGCGCUCUUUCAAGAAGGCAGUAAAGGGGCCCCAUCUUGUUCUCCAAUACCACCAUAACCCAAUAACUAUUCAGUUUUUGAAGGUAUGUGAAUAACACAUACUUUUAAUAGUGGGUCUCUGGGGUAAAUUCUGAGUAUGAAGAAGGAGUUGCUGUACAUACAUAUCGUCAUCUGUUACAGUUCAGUCUGCCGAGUCUUUGUAAAAUUCAAUUUGUACAAUAGCUUGAAGCUGGGGUAAUAAUAGCAGAGCCCACUUGGAGAACAGUUUUCAGAACUGAAGUGGCUUCCGUGGGUAAAUAUACAUGUACCUAUAUUAUUAUUAUUCAUUCAGUCAGUCAAAUAAAUGGCCAAGUGGAAGCAAUAUUCAUACCAGAGGACUGUGUCAUGAAGGUCUGAAGCACUUGUCAGACGUCCCACCAUGAUUAUUUUUUUCCAACAGGAUAACAGUAAAUGGCAGGCCAAAAAUUUAUUUUGUUUUUUUCAGGGGCUACCUUUCACAACUUACUGCCUGGUUCUGAAACAUUGGAUUAAGUUUUAUCAUUGUAAUGAAUGGGAUUUACCAGGACUCCUUUUUUAGUUUUCGGAGCUCUUUAGGGCCGAAAUUUUUGAGUUUCUGGAGCUAUUUUUGGCAUUUUGGGGGCGAAGUAACAUCAAGCCAAGAUGUAAUCCUUUUCCCUGGAGUCGUGCUUCUCAGCCAAUCAAAAUCAAGGAAAGCUGUCGUAACUGACAACUUUAUAGAUGACAGAUGUUGCUGAAAUGCACGCCAGGGCUCUGUAACACAAACAAUAGCAAUCAAUCGCUAAAUGAACUGACCAAUCAAUAUCAAGGUUACACAUGCAUUUGGUUUAAAAUACUGGGACCAAUCAGUGCUGUUCUUUUAUAUUAGCAAUCCAUCGCAAACCUUUGUGUUACAGAGCCCAGAACAUGCGAAGCAUGCAUUUUUGAAGUAAAAUAACUGCAUUGUUUAUGACUUUAUAUAGGAUUGAUAAUCAAGAAUGAUGUAUUUUAAUCAUUUAAAUGCAUGUCACGGUACAUAGUGUGUUGGUAUCCCACGAUACAUGUAUAUUGAUCCAUGUAUUCAUGAAUAUUGAAAGUGGCUUCUACCAGACAAACAAGUAAUAUAAAAGCAGAAAGAAUGUAAACAAAUCUCCAGUCCCUUUUAAUGGAAGUUCCCAGCUUAGCGAGUCAGUUUGGACAAUAUCAGUGAAAUCCUUGGAUUUGAUUGGCUAAAGGAGCACUGGUUACUGACUUACUGUGGUAACACAGCUCUGGCAAGCAUUGUUAUUGUUAGACAAGGAGAGCAGGCAAAAUAGCUUGAUCCCUUGCUGAUCUCAUUGAAGUUGUGUCUCUUCAUCAUGCAUUGUAUAAGGAGAGCAUGUGAAAUGGCUUGCCCCUUCACUUGUGAAAAUGACCUCUCAAAUUAUUCUACCACUCAUUAAAGCUAUCUCAUGGAAGUCGUGUGUAUGUUGCAUUGUACAUAAAUAGAAUUUACAUGAAUAUUUCAACAAAUGUUGAAUUAAAUGUCUUUGAAAAAAUA